AUGAUGGAGCAUCAAGCAGAGAAGAGGUUCCACAACUUGACCCUCGAGCAAAUCCAAGCUCUUGACCAGGUCUUGACUGAGGUAAUCCCCAUCCACGGACGAGGGAAUUUCCCAACACUGCAGGUGAGAGCGAAAGACUUCAUUCGCGUGGUGAAGGAUCGGCUGAUCGAAAGAGACAUCCAGGUGAAAGAUAUACGGCUGAACGGCGCGACUGCCAGCCACAUCCUGGUGAGAGAUAAGUGCGUUGGCUAUCGAGACCUAGACAUCAUUUUUGGAGUGGAGCUGCCUCGGCAGGAGGACCUCCAAGUGAUAAAGGAGGUGGUGCUCGACAGCCUACGAGACCUCCUACCUUGUGGGGUUAACAGACGGAAGAUCACCUGCCUGACGAUGAAGGAGGCCUACGUGCGAAAGAUGGUGAAAGUCUUCAAUGAGCACGACCGAUGGAGUCUGAUCUCGCUUUCUAACAACAGAGCUAAACACGUGGGGCUCCGAUUCAUCAGCUCCCUUCGGAGACAGUUUGAGUUCAGCGUGGACUCUUUCCAGAUAAUAUUAGACCGUAUGCUGGAGUCUUACUGGGAGACUGAACGGAAACAGGGAGGAAAGUUGGCAUUGAAUGCUCGGAAUUUGUCUCAAAGAGACAGCGAGGAAGACAAGAAAGAAAGCGUUCCUCGGGAGGUUAAAGCGGAUGUUGAAAAAGACUCCGGCGGCCAAAUUCCAGACCCGAAUGAAGCAGCUUCUGUGCCUGAGAAAGGCCUUCCACAUGCAACGGUUCAGCAUGUGGAAGGAAAGCAGGAGGUCCAGGAGGGGUUAGAACACAAGACCGUCUCCUUACAGCAGGAGCAAGUAGAUGGCAGAGAGGAUGUUCAUUCAGAGGAAGACAUUGUGUUUGAGCUGUGUGACGGCAACGGAGAAGAGAAGGGACAGUUCCACAGUGGAUCUUACCACACAGCUGUUUCCACCCAUAGACAUACCCAACCCCUUCAGCCUCCUUCAGUGGACAGCGCUCACGCUCAUGGCUCAAAUCUCGCAUCCUCCAAGCCAGAGACGGCCCUCGCAUGCCAACCAGCCAGCACGCCUCCGGACGGGACCGGCUUCAACCAACCGGCGGAACAAACUGUGAAGCCGAAACACUCGAAGAAGCCUCCGGAUUCACGAGCACAAAGCCAAACACGUGCGGCACACGCUCAGCCUCCGAUCAAUGAGCCGCCAGCAGAGCAGGCGGACACUGUCCACAACAGCUGGGGGGCAAGCCCAUGGGCGGGGGCAGAAGGGGGGCCCGCCAUCACCGUGGAAGCGGAGUGCAUGUUCGGAGACUUCGAACAGGCGAUGGAUCACCUCCGCCACCGUCUCAUCGCCACGCGCAACCCGGAGGAGAUCCGAGGCGGGGGCCUGCUGAAAUACAGCGACCUGCUGGUGAGGAACUUCCGGCCGGCCAGUGAGACAGAGAUCAAGUCCCUGGAGCGAUACAUGUGCUCCCGCUUCUUCAUCGACUUCCCCGAUGUGAGCGAGCAGCAGCGCAAGAUCGAGGCCUACGUGCAGAGCCAUUUCCUUGGCAACGAGGAGACGAGCAAGUACGACUACCUGAUGACCCUGCGGCGCGUGAUAGACGAGAGCACGGUGUGUCUGAUGGGACACGAGAGGAGACAGACGCUCAACAUGAUCACGGUCCUGGCUCUGAGGGUGCUGGGCGAGCAGAACGCCAUCCCCAACACGGCCAACGUCACCUGUUUCUACCAGCCGGCGCCGUACGUGACGGAGCCAAUCUACAGCAGCUACUUCAUCUCACAGGCCCAGCCGCUGCUCAUCUACCACCCCUACCCGCCGCUCCACGUCCACAUGCAGACGGGCCUGGUGUAGCUCCAGUGACGUGCCCACGGGGAGGCAUGCAGGCUGCUUUCAGCAUGGCGCUCAAAUGGAAGUUUUAAAAAUAACGCAACCACGGGCGCAGUGUUUUUUUGAUGCUUUGAACCCCCUCACCCCCUCCUGCUUAUGACAUGAAAGAUCAGUAAAAAAAAAGGCCUAAAGAGGGGUCUGGAGGCAAAGCAUGUCACCCUUUCAAGACGAACACUUUUGGAAAGGAAAGAAAUGCCGGGAGCCCACUUAUCCGAGAGCUGGGAGAGAGGAUUUCAUUCAAGUGGAGGGACUUUGUUGACUGCUGUUUCUCCUCAGCUUCGCAGGGCUCUACACGCUGGUCAUCGUUUCGUGUGAGGAGACUGUUGUAAUGUGACAAUUCUCGAAGGCCUGGAGAUCCACUUCUCAAAAUAAGAACACAGAAUCUAUUGAACACCUGUUGGCAGAAAAAGUUUGAUUUAAUGAUACAUCCUUAAUGUUUCUGAGGGUUAAAACCCUCAUAUAGCUGUUUUGUGAAUCAUCUCUGUGGAGUAAGUUUCAGCACGUGAGUAUUCCUGUGUAUUCACUGUAUAGAAAUAGGGCACCCUUUACUGAGGGCAGAUAUUAGACAUGUCCUGUGGUGUGUCCAUGUUACCGUGGGUUUUAUAUUUGUGAAUGUAAACAACUUAUUUCAAAGGUAGAAACAAGAGAUCCAAGUAGGUUCAAUUAGGGACUGUGUAAAAACAAUUUGGGGCGGUGAGAGGGGGCUGAACCUCAGGAAGACAUCUUUAUUCAGAGUUUAUUCAGAGUUUCAUCUUCAUCAUGGACUGAGUGGGUGUGGUUUAAUCUGAUUUGAUGGGCAGUGGCCUGGCAUCAUGUGCAGACACAGCAACUCUCAACAGAGAUUGUAUAAAAUGUUGCUUAAUGUCACAUCAAUGAAAGAAACAGAAAUACAGACAUCUCUGAAAAACAGUUAAACAUUGGUGGGAAAAAAUCCCUCUCAUAGUGGAAGGCAAAUGUUUCUGAGGCAUUUAAUGUUUUCUUUGAACAUUAUUAUUAUUACGAUAUUAUUAUUAUUCAUGCAGCUAUUAACUGCACUGCAAAGAAAAGCUUAAGGGGGGGAAAAGCCUCCCCAUAUAAUGUUGCUACAGCCCCGUAGAUCAGUGGCAGAUGUUUAGGUGUUUAGUCGUGCUUUUGCAUUUUAACAUGUUGGCAUAGUGCGAGAUGUUAUAAACCAAGAGCUGUGGACGUUUCGCUUAAUUCACUUUUCAUUUCAUCACGUGGGUUUGUUUAUUCCAUGCCAGAGACGCAGCACACGGAUUCACCUCCUGAUGGAUUUAUGAAGACAACUUUGGCUGUUUUCGUUUCCUGCUGAAAACAGAGAGCAUUUUAAAAUCUGUUUUCCCCUCAACUCCAAUGGGCGGAAUCGACUUCCUGUGUGUACUACAUGGUGACAGUAGUUUGUGGUAGUGGACCUCGUGAAUGUUCUGCCAUCGUUCCUCCAGCAGCGAGUGACUCUGUCCCUGUGUGUUCACUGUGUACAUGCAGACCGUACAUGUCAUAGCUAUACAUAUUUAUAAAAACAGACAAUAAGCACAGGUAUGCGGGCUGUUCUAACUCAAUCUGAGACAGAAGCACGAUGUUAAUGCACAUAGCUGUUGAGUAAUGAUGGUGUUUGGUGAUGACAUGCUCGUGAAUCUCCAACGAAAUAUUGAAGACGUUGAAAAUACUGUGUGCAGUCGUGCCCUGUGUAGCUUUGAAGUGAUGUAUCUAUCCCCAGACUGUUGGGUGUGUUGUAUCGGUUCGGAACUGUUUCACCUGUAGAGAAAUUAAAAUAUUCCUGUUAUGAUGUCUAGUUGCUCAGAUUGUUGCAUUACUGUGGUAAUAAAUAUAACACAAGC